AUGAACAGCGACCACCAACGGUCGUCGACUUAUGACCUCCUCGCUGGCCAUCUUGGCCAUCUUUCCGAGGAACAGCUCAAAUUUUUCAAUGCAUUCAAGGACAAUCUUGCCAAGUCCGCGCUGUACAGACCACCGACGGAUGCGGAACACGCGUCGCACGAUGAGGCUACGCUCCUACGAUUUCUGCGCGCGCGCCACUUCGACCCGGCAAAGGCGCAGAAACAGUUUGCGGACACCGAGGCAUGGCGUAUGGAACAUGAGGUCGACCGCCUGUACGCCACGUUCGAUUCCGUUGAGUUCGAGCGCGCAAAGCACUUCUAUCCGCGCUGGACGGGCCGGCGCGACAAGCACGGUGUGCCGGUAUAUGUGUAUCGGCUUGCGUCGCUCACGGGGCCAAUGCACAAAGAACUGACCAGCGUUCCGACAGAGCGACGGUAUCAACGCAUCGUUGCUCUCUGGGAGUUCAUGACCCGCUUCACGCUCCCGCUCUGCUCCGCCCUCCCGCACCCUGGCGCGCCCGAGACCCCCAUCUCGGCCGUGACUUCAAUUAUCGACCUCGCGGAUGUAUCCCUCGGGACGAUGUGGUCGCUCCGACAUCAUCUGCAACAGGCGUCGGAGCUCGCGACAGCACAUUAUCCGGAGACGCUACACACGAUUGCGGUGGUCAACGCGCCAUCAUUUUUCCCCACUGUGUGGGGGUGGAUCAAGGCAUGGUUCGACGAGGGCACGCGCAAUAAAGUGCACGUGCUCGGAAAGAACCCGGGCCCGACGCUGCGGGGGAUCAUCGAGCCUCAGGAUCUGCCGCGCGCGUACGGCGGCGAGCUCGAGUGGAUGUUCGAGGACGAGCCGGCGCUCGACGAGCCCGCCAAAAAGCUGGUGGACGCCGUGCCGAAAGGUCCUAUACUAUUUGUGGAUGGGCAGGCGGUGAGGCCAGAGGUUUUACCGGAGUGGAAUGUUAAUGGGGUAAAUGGGAUAGGAGGCGAGGAAGAGCAAAAUAAGGAACGGGGAAGAGCUAGUGGAGAGAGUAGGAAUUAG